UUAUCCGACCUCUCCCAGUAGCAAAAAAAUACAAUAAUUAAUAUCUAUGAGGACUUACGCAACAUAAUUGGUUGUUUGUGAUUCCUGUGUAAUUAUUGACUUCCUUUUUUUGGGGGGGCUACUUUGUCGCAAGUUCUCUCUCCGUCUCGCGGUGACAUGGCCGAAAAGAGCGCACGCACUCGCCAGAGCGUCAGUCGUGCUCGUGCGUUAUAGCGCUUUGUCCUCGUUAUUUCAAAGUGAGCGCUGAGGGAGAGAGAGGAGAGCGAGCUAGGUGUCUCGUGCGGGUUUUCGCUGACACAAUAAGGUGCGCGCUGGGGGGGGGGACGUUGCAAUUACGCCGUGCUUUAUUUGUAUCUAUUUUUUUUGUGUGUCAGAUUUACACAGGGAAAAAAAGAAGUGCCUGGAGAGAGAGAGAGCGAGAGAGAGAGAGAGAGAGAGGGGGGAGGAAUAACCAGAACGCAACACGUAUCCGGUGGGAUCCCACUCCUGAGAGAGAGAGAAGCGGCAGGAGUUGGAGCGAAGGGUGCAAGGAAAGCGAGAGAGGGAGAGAGAGAAGCAGACGAAGAGGAGGAGGGGGACGUUAACCUUUCGCUCGCAACAACGCGUUUUUAACUAACAAAGAGGAAUAAUGAGGAACGUUUGGAUAAUUUUGACCCUCGGGCUGACCGUCUUCCUCUCCGGGGAAAGGAUAGCAGACGCAGCCAAGACCUCCUCUCAGGCGGAUGACUUGUACCUGGACGACACAGGCUCAGGAGGUUACUACCCUGAAGACGAUGACGACUUUUCCUCAGGGUCUGGCUCAGGUGGAGGUGAAGUAGUGGUGGAGGAGACGGUGACUGUCAGUAUGGUUUAUAUCGAGCCCAAUGCAGCAGAACCCACCCAGGACGCCACCAAAGAUUUCACGCCCAGGGUGGAGACGGCCACGGUCAGAGAAAAGGCCAAGGACAGCCCGCCCAAGAAACCAUUUAGAACAGAGGCACCAGUGCCAGUUACAGAGGACUUGCAGAGGAACCAGAUGACUAGUACGACUAGUGCCCCCGGCUCCCCCCAGGAUCCCAUUGAGGUCCGCACUGAAAACCUCUUCCAGAGGACAGAGGUUUUGGCAGGUAUGUGUCACAAUGAACAACAACACACUGCUAUAGGCGGGUUUUGUUACUUUUGGACUGUUUCCUACUGAUUCUAGCCUUUAAUGCUAAGCUAAGCUAACUGCAUCUUGGCAUUAGCUUCAUAUUUGUAUUACAGAAAGUUCUCGUCUCUUAACAAGAUGGCGUAAUUGACCAAAAUGUCAAACAAUUCCUUAAAUAUUUCAGCACAUAAUGAAAGUAGCCUUUCAGUUUGACAUUCCACCAAUAAAUUAUUCGAUGCAUUCUGGGAGCGUUUAUUUAAUUUGCCUUCUAAUGUUUCUCAAAUUCUUACACGUUACGACAUGUCAGCGUAUUGCUGGUAAACGGCUAAAUCUAGAAAAAUCCAGGAAACAUUUUCCCUAAUGUCUCCCACCUAAUCCACUUCUGAAAAAUAAUUAUUUUUAAUGAACUCGGUCUGCAUCCCUCUGUGGGACCUUGUAGAGUUCACAGCGUUGUGGGUGUUUCAAGUGUAUCACUUUGAAUACAUGAAAGAGUGUGGAAUUAUCUGACUGGAAAUCUCUGUGCUCUCUGAUGCCGAUUCUCUCUCCCGACGUAUCUGAGGCGAAUACUGAUUGGCACCUCACUUUUACUUUGUUGUGAUAUCCAUCUGGUGUUGGCAAUAUGCAGAAACAACAUCAACAGGGACAAAUCAGGACGGCUUCAGUUAGACGAAAGCUCGGCUCCAUUCUUUCUCCAACUGAAAGUCUCAUUUCAUCUUUGUCACUUUGACAGUAAAAGAAGAGUAGUGCCAGUAGAAAGUCUUUGGAUAAGCCCUGUAAAUAUAGUGUGUGUGUGUGUGUGUGUGUGUG